ACAAGUACAACAACAACUACGACUACAACAACAACAACAACCACGACUACAAGUACUAGUACAUCCACACCCACAUCCACUACAAUAUAUAUACACCAUGUCAUUGUUUAUGGGGAAUAGCUCGCAGUACUCUGUGAUGGAUGUUAAUCCAGAACGAAUGAAGAUGGCCGAAGUACAAUAUAAUGCCAUGGCCGAAACUUUUACUAAAUUAUUACACACCUGUGAAAGAAAAUGUUUAGGACAUAAGUAUGGAGAAGGAGAAUUAAAUACCGGAGAAGCAUCCUGUAUUGAUAGAUGUGUAUCGAAAUACGUUCGAGUUAAUUAUCUUGUGGGAACUGAUUUACAACAAAAGGGAUUUAAUCCAUUUUCCAGUAUGUCUGAAUACAAGUAUAUAAAAGAAAAACUUAAUCUGUAA